AUGGAAGCCACAAUAGACAUAUCUGAUCUAUGUUUUCCACAAAUGCUCAAUGCUUCUUGUAAAAAGAUUGUCCGACCUUACUUCACUGCUAUGCUGGUGUACACUGUGCUCUAUGUUAUUUCACUGGUGACUACUACUCUCAACCUGCUGGUUAUCAUUUCAAUUUCACACUACAAGCAGCUCCACAGUCCCACCAACUUCCUGCUCCUCUCACUGUCUAUCUCCGACUUCUGUGUGGGACUCCUUAUGUUUUUUCAGAUUCUCUUUGUGGAUGGAUGCUGGCUUCUUGGUGAUAUAUUAUGCCUUGUAUACCAGUUAGUGUCCUUCAUAGUAACCUGUGCUUCAAUGGGAACAAUAGUGCUUAUAUCAGUGGACCGCUACAUUGCAAUUUGCCAGCCUUUACAUUACUACACUAAAGUCACUGAGCGUAGAGUUAAGUUUUGUAUAUGUCUUUGCUGGUUUUGUUCCACUUUUUAUAACUUAAUGGUGCUUAAAGAUAAUAUGGAAAAACCAGGCAGCUUCAGCAGUUGCUCUGGAGAAUGUGUGGCUGCUAUUAAUUACUCUGUGGGCCUGAUUGACAUCUUCAUAUCUUUUAUUAUACCUGUCAGUGCCAUUGCUGUUUUAUACAUGAGAGUAUUUGUUGUGGUUGUGAGCCAGGUUCGGGCAAUGCACUCCCAGAUCACAGCAGCGAAAUCACAAAGAACAGUAUUAGCAAAUAAAUCUGAACUUAAAGCUGCCAGGACUUUAGGGGUUGUCAUUGUAAUGUUCAUUGUUUGCCUAUGUCCUUAUUACAUUGUUGUAAUAGGCCAGGAUGCUUAUUUUAAUGCUUCAUCUGCAGCUGUUGUAAUCUAUUUGAUCUAUUUCAACUCCUGUUUGAAUCCACUGAUAUACACGUUUUUCUACCCCUGGUUUAGAAAAUGUCUCAGAUACAUAGUGACACUUCAGAUACUGCAGCAUGGUUCUAGUAGGGCCAGUAUAAUGUGA